AUGGACUUCCAUUUAUCCACGUACUUUGCGAGCUUUGACGCCGAAAAAGAGCCGGAAACCAGUUUGGGGGACGUGGAAGUCAAAGUGGAGGAGAUCACUGCAGUUCUUACUCCCAAUCCCGAAGGUGUAAGCUUCAACCAUGAACUCUUUGAAGAAGUUCUAGAUUUGGUUCAUGGUUUCAAAGCACUUGAGAUAAGACAUCAGAAGCAGCUCACAUACAUGAUAGGCUCUUCUUUCCAGGUGAUAUGUCGUUUAACCAGUGAGAGAUUGGACAGUGGUGAUGUCAGUGACUACAUAGAAUCCACUCGAGAUCUCUUGGAGAAGUAUGGAUAUUUGGUGUUUGUACUUUUAAGAAUCCUAUCAAAAGUAGAUCAUAGUAAAGGUCAAGGUAAAGGGACUAAGAAUACUGAAGCUGGACAGAAAUGGAAUGAUAAUUGUGAAAUGGUAUUAAGUCUCUUGGUGGGCGUUGAGAGGGUAUUAGAACUCAAGUUAUCCAUGGUGUUUCAAACCACUCCCGAAUUGGAUUUGUUUGUGGAGUUAUUUUCUCGUCCCAUAAACGGGUUGAUGGAGAGCCCAGAAAGAAUGAAAAAGGAAGAGAUCCGUCAUUGUAUGUUUCGAUCAUUAGCACUCGCUGUAAAGAGACAAGGCCAUGCUAACUAUGUUAAACAUGGGAUUAUUCAAAACCUUACAUAUUAUGCUCAUUUGCCACCGCUUAUGGCUGAAUUAUGUAAUAUGAUUGCAUGUGAUUAUGAUUAUAUGGUGCUUACUGAAGAAGUACUUCGUGAAGUGUCACAAGCUCAAUUCAAUGCCAAUGAUAAUAACGGUCCUCGUGCCAUAUCUGAUUUUUUGGUUCGAUUAUCUGAAGUUGGACCCCGUGUGAUUCUCAAGCAACUUUCAUGUAUCUCACAAUUGCUUGACAACUCCAAUUAUACUUUACGGUGUGCUGUUAUUGAAACUUGUGGGAAUGUGGCGGUGGAUUUAAUUAUUAGAGAACAACAAGAUGAAGCGGAGUGGGAUGAAAAGCAUGGCAAUGAACAUAUCCAUAAAUUAUUAGAUCUAUUGGAGGCUCGUACAUUAGAUCAAAAUCCAUUUGCCAGAAGUAAAGCAUUCCAGGCAAUUGGUAAGGUGCUUGAUAAAGAAAUCAAUCUUUCGACAAGAAGAAUCCAAUUGAUGCGCAUAACAGUCCGUUCUACAGAUGAUAGAAGUACUUUGGUCAGAAGAAAUGCCAUGAAACUAAUGAGCAAGUUAAUCAAAACACAUAGUUUCGGUCAGUUUGAAGGUAAGUUGAAUUUAGAUGAUUGGCUGGAGCGGUUAACGACCAUGGCAGAUAAGUUUAACGAACGUGAAACAGAAAGGUCUGCUGUGCUCAAGAAGAAACUAAAGCAAAAGGAAGAGGAAAAUCAGGAGGAGGACCCAGACCAAAUGGAAAUUGAUGAAAACGAAAACGAAAAAGAAAAAGACGAUGAUAAUGAGGAAGAUGAUGACGAAGACAGCACAGAUGCCAUACAGCGUGAAAUUGAUAACUCUGUUCUUGAGCAAGAGCAAGAGAGUCAAAUUGACGGGGAUUUGGCAGAGUAUUAUCGUGCUAAAUUUGAAGUUAAUUACUAUUACGAUGCAGUUGCUUUCAUAAAACUAACUCACGAGGGAACAGAAUCUGCUACCAGGCUUCUAUUUUCUAGGAACAGAAAUGAAGUUUUAGAUGCCAUGGAUUUCCUUGUUCUUGCUGAUUCUUAUGGUAUUCAGAAUGCUGAAGAGGGAGUUAGACGUAUGUUACAUUUGGUUUGGAUGAAAGGGUCCAAUGAUGAAGGGAAGUCAAUCCCAGCUCAUUUAAUUGAUUGUUACAGAAUAUUGUUCUUGACUGCCCCACCAGAAUUAUCAGCUAUUGAGAAGGCUACUUUUAUCACUAAGAAUUUAAUCAACUUAUGCUGCAAAGCAUCGAUUGCUGAUCUUGCGUCCUUGGAAAAAUUGAUAGGGUUGAUGUAUAAGGAUAACUUGAUCAACUUUCAUGUUGUAAGUGUCUUGUGGCAGAUUUAUAGAUUCAGAGAUGAGACUGAAUCACCACAUGGUUUGAAACAACGAUACGGUGCCAUAAUUCUUUUAGGUAUGUUGGGUCUUGAAGAUUAUACCGUGAUUGAAAAGGGUGUGGAGUCCAUUUUGUCCAUUGGUUUGGGAGAGAUUGGGAUUCAUAAUUUGAAUAUUUGCAAGUAUUCAUGUAUUGCAUUACAAAGAAUUGUAUGUGAUCCAGGGAAGAAUCCUAUUAGAUCAUCUACAAUGUUUGAGAUCCCCAAACAAAAGGAAAUCAUUCUGGAGUUGAAGAGAGUAUUAAUUCUAUAUCACGACAGUUCAGAAUGGUAUAGUGUUGCUGAGCAAGCUAUUGCAGCUAUAUUUGUUGUGGCUCCCAACCCUGAUAGCAUUUGCUCUGAGAUUUUGAAAGUUAAGACAAAUCAAGUAUUCAAAGAAUUAUUAUCUGAGCAACAAGAGAUAGGGCUAUCUCAACUUCUAUUCAUGGUAGGACAUACGUCCAUCAAGACUGUUGUGUACUUGGAGAAACUAGAAGGUUUGUUUAAAAAGAAGAAACAUGAUUCCGAAGCAAGCAAGCACACCAAGGAGACCAAAGAGAGUGAACUAGCAAUGAUUGGUGGAACCUCAGAGGAUGAUUUUGCCGAUGUCAUAAUACAUGUUAAAGAGAAGGAAUUACUUUUUGGGGAGAAUUCAUUACUUGGAAGAUAUGGACAAAUGGUGAUUGAGAUUUGUACCAAUGUUGAAACCUAUAAAUCUGUUAAAUUACAAAGAUCAGCUACACUUUGCUUGGUGAAAUUGAUGUGCAUUUCGUCUGUGUUUUGUGAUAAUAAUCUUGAACUGUUGCUAUCUAUUUUACACAAUUCUGAAGACCCCAUCAUACGAUGUAACUGUAUACUUGGAUUGGGAGACAUGGCAGUUUGUUUCAAUAAUUUAGUGGAUGAAAAUACCGAAUCAUUAUAUGGCCGACUUACCGAUGAUAACAUCAUGGUGCAAAGAACAUGUUUAAUGACUGUUACGUUCCUUAUUCUUGCUGGUCAAGUCAAGGUUAAGGGCCAAUUAUCAUCAAUGGCUAAAUGUCUUGAGAAUCCUGAUCAAGGUAUUAGCGAUAUGUGUCGAUUAUUCUUUACUGAACUUGCUUCUAAAGAUAAUGCAAUUUACAAUGGGUUCAUUGAUAUUUUCUCUGGUCUUUCUACAGAUGAAAGUCUAUCUAAAGAUGCCAUGAAACGUAUUGUUAAGUUUUUGAUUCUGUUUAUUACUAAAGAGAAGCAACAGAAACAAUUGGCUGAAAAAUUAUUGGUUAGACUUAACAAAUGCCAAUCGCAAACUCAAUGGGAUGACGUUGCUUUUGUGCUUAACAACAUUCCAUAUAAGAAUGAUCUUAUUAACCAAGCCAUUGAAGGAGGGUAUAAGAUGGUACUGGCUAGAUCGGAGUAG